GUAUGCAUCUAUGUUUAACCGUAUAUAAACCCCGCCACCGCUCCUCCGCUGGCUGCCACGCUCCACACUCUCCGCCAUUCUUUACCCCUUUGCCUGGCCUGCAUAAUUUUCACUUCAAUUCCUUCGAACAAAACAGUCCCCGGCCUUAACAAGAAAUCAAAAUCUGCUAAAAUGAUGUACGAGGAUACUGAAUUUAUGUUCGAUUCUGCUUUUCUUGAUUCUAUUCAGAGAUAUUACUUUCAGGAUGAUUUUGACACUCCGGCGGAAACUCAGCAGGUUUUCUGCCGGAGGAGCUCGUUUCCUUGUUUGGGUGAGAAUUGGGGGGAAUCGACAGUUCCCGGAGAUAAUUCUGCCCACGUGGACGUUUGUAAUAAUAGCUCUGGGUGGAUGCCCGCGGUGGCUGCCACGGCGACGGUGACGAGCGUGGUGAAGGAUGUGCCAGAAAUGGGCUUCAACGGGAUACCGGGGAUUUGGGAUUUCACGGUGGCAUCUCCUCCAGAAGUGGAGGCGGCUGAGCCGGCGGCGGCUCCUCAAGCAGUAAUGCAGAAGCAUUACAGGGGCGUGAGGAGGCGACCGUGGGGGAAGUUCGCGGCGGAGAUAAGGGACCCAGCCAAAAACGGCGCCCGCGUGUGGCUGGGGACAUACGAGACCGCGGAAGAUGCGGCGUUGGCCUACGACAAGGCGGCCUACCGCAUGCGCGGAUCACGUGCCUUGCUCAAUUUCCCGCUCAGGAUCAAUUCCGGCGAACCGGACCCAGUUAGAAUCACGGCGAAGAAGAGGCUGCCGUCGCCGGAAAAUUGUUCUCCUUCCUCUUCAGUGACGUGCGAGGAUGGCUGUCCUAAGAGAAGGAAGAAGGUUUCUAAAGCCAUGGAGCCGGGUCGGGUCGUAUUAAAAAAAAAUAAUCAACUAAAAAAGUGAUUUUUUUUUUAAAUUUUAAAUAUAGCAUGGUUGUCUGGUUGAUCUGUUUUAUUUGGCCAUUUUGGCUUUAUGAAGCUAUCAAAAAAAUAUACUACGGAGUACAAUUUUAUAU